UUCAUACUUUUCAUGGUAUCUAGAGCCAGCCUCAAACGAGCAUCGUAAUUUUUUUUCCGAUGGCUAUCACCGCCACCACCCCAGUGGUUCAACUCACUGCCACCACCAAUUUUCCGAUUAAGCUCACAUCUUCCAACUACCCAGUUUGGAAAUGCCAAGUUCACGCCGCUCUUGUCGGCCUCAGACUUGAAGGAUAUGUCGAUGGCACUAUCACUGCCCCUGCCCAAUUUCUCGAUGAUGAAAAAUCCCAGAUCAAUCCUUGUUAUACUAUUUGGUAUCGACAAGAUAAAGUCAUUUUGAGUGCCCUUCUAGGCAGUUGCUCCGAUACUAUUCAACCCAUCCUAUCCUCUGCACUCACCGCUCGUGGUGCAUGGAAUACUCUAGCUCUCACUUAUUCUAGUACAUCUCGUGGACAUAUUAUUUCUCUUAAAAAUACCCUAGCCAAGACUACCAAAGGGAACAAAUCUAUUUCUGAUUAUUUGGCUGAGAUGACGGCAAUUUCGGAUGCACUUGCUCUCGCUCAGAAUCCCAUAUCUGAGGAGGAUCUGGUCAUCCAUAUUAUUAGAGGUCUUGGGCCGGCUUAUGGAGAUAUUAAAUCUGCCAUACGGCUACGUGAAACCCCACUACCCCUGGCUGAAUUGAGACCCAUUUUAUUGGAGCAUGAGCAACAAAUAAUUGAAGUAGCAGCAACAACAGACUCUCUUUUGCCCACUGCGAAUGUGACGCAUGCUACUGAGCGUGGUCCACGCAGUGCUCACACUGACCGGCGUCAGGAUGGUCCAGGCCGCAGCAGAGGUAACUCCUUCAGACGGGGCAGAGGUGGCCCAACUCACCAAUUCAACCGGUCUGCACAUGCAGGUCAACCUAUUUGUCGUUUUUGUGACAACGUCGGCCAUAUUGUUCAACAAUGCAGAAAAUUGCAACGGUUUCUUCGUGAUAAUCACAUUCCUCAUCCUGCCUCAUCUAGUAAUCCUAUGGCUAAUUAUGUUACUGCCUCGUCACCUUCACCAAAUCAGUCCUGGAUGUUUGACAGUGGAGCUUCCCACCACGUGGUUAAUGAUGCAACUCGCCUCCCUACAUAUGCUGAAUAUGGUGGUCCAGAUGAAGUCCACUUAGGCGAUGGAUCGGGUCACGGGGGCGCCACUACUACGCGGGGAGAACAGCAAUGAUGUCUACUAUACGUCCAGUAUUCAAGGUCCUCAGCUUAAUCUUACUCAACGUCUUGCUCCGUCUCAGUGGCAUCAUAU